AUGAUUCUUAAACGAGCCCUAAAAAAGGUAAUGGUAACAGCAGCUGUUGCGCUGGCUUGUCUGCAAAGCGCCAGCUGUCUAAAAGAGAGCGACAUAGCAAUUAUAAAAGCGUAUGCUGACAACAGAAGGAGCUCAUUAGGCAGAGAGAUUUCUCUACGCCGCAAUUACUUUAAAAAGUUCAGAGCUCUUAAUUCCAACGCACAAGCGCUGAACUCGCAGAGUAUCAUGGAGGAGGACAUGGAGAUAGAAAAGACAAAUAUGAAUUCUAUAAUGGAAAACUUUGAAACCUUCAAGAAAAUGUCCGAUAAUCUUAUAGUUGUCACAGAUAACACAAUGGACAUAUACAGCCUUCUAAACAACCCCAACUUUACCCGCACUCAAGAACAAAAAGAGUCAUGUCGGGCACAAAUUGAAAAAAAAGAAGAUAUCAUAAGGGAAAAGAUCUCAUACAUUCUCACCUAUGCUACUUUGUUAAAUGCAAAUAUAGGCGCGUAUGACUCGCAUAUGAUGGAAGUGAUCGCAAAAUACAGUGAAACAGAGAAGAUAACAAGCGAAGAGCUGAAAAACCUAACGCUCUUUAAACUGGCGCAAAGCCAAAAGAUUGUGCCUGCCAACAUAAUAUACGCUCUCUCUAAGGUCGGCCCGUUUGAGCUAGAGAAUGAAACUGAAAAAGAAAAAAUUAUGGGGGAAAUAAGCGAAAACGUACGACUCCGUUUGAUUUCGAACAACAACGUAGAAACUUUCGUGGAUGCUAUAAAGAAGGACGUAGUAGAAAACAACAUCAACAUAUUCGUGUCAGCCAGCACACACUUCCACCUGCUGUUCGACAUAUACAGCCCAAUGUCCAGGCCUAAAUCAUCUCUCGUAGACGAUGCAACAAUGAGCAUAUAUCUCGACCUUCUAAGAUCUGAUUUUUGUGACGUUUAUAAGUACAUAAAUAUUACGCCUGUGCAGGUUAUGAAGAUAAUAACAAUAGAAUACCUGCUGAGUGGGUAUCUUAUGGACUACCAAAACAACAGUCUAUUCUUCAUCCUAGGCAAAAUAAUAGAAAAUGUCUUCGAGCCACAGCAUCUCAACAGCAGAAACGAUGAAGAAGACGCAAGAAUGGGAAGAGAAAAACAGGACAAAAUCCUUGAUGUUCUAAGCACCUUCUGGGAAAGCUCCGAAAGCGCUUAUCUACCAAAGAAAGCCGCUGAGCUGUAUGAUGAGAUUGGCAUUGAGUAUUUUGACUUUAUAGGAAUACAAAGCGACUUUAAGCUUUCCAGGUGGAUAUACGAUGGCACAUCAGAAAUACUAGAUAACAUAAGAAUGCCAUCUUCUAUGACAUACACGCAUCCUCUAUGGUAUGUAUGCAAACGAGAAAAGUACAUUGACUAUUUAGACGGAAACGUCUAUGGUGAUCUGAAGCUGUUUGUGCGAACAAAAACUGGCGAUGUUGUAUUUAUGCCUCCUACAAUAUAUACAUCUGUUUCUGCUUAUUGGGAAAUAUACAUUGAAAAAUGCAUCAGAUCGUAUAUUUAUGGUGAUGUGCAGAUAAUCAAGAAAAAAGAUGGCAGCGGUGUCUAUGCAACUGUUGCUGAUUUUUCUGAUUUCUUCAAGAACAUAAUACAAGAAGAAAACGCUGAAAAGAGGGAAAAUGAGACCAGCACAGCCUAA